AUGUCACCCAAGGUAGCAGCUCAUCAGCCUGCUUUGGACGUCGUUAAAAUGGUCACUCUUGUCACCACCGGAAGUGUGGCUGGUUCUCUGUUAUUCAAAGAACCGGUGCAAUGUCAAGCAAUUGUUACGCAACCUCAAGCUAGUGACGCGUCUACCGAGGCCAUGAAGGCGGCUCUUCGUCAUCGAGAAAAGGUGCAGCCGGAACAACAAGAAACAUCCAAGAAAGGAGAAGUCGCUUUUGGCAUGGUGCUAGGUCUUGGUACAGGCUACCUCGUCAAGAAGAUGAUGAAAAUGGCAUUGUUGAUGCUGGGCACUGCCUUCUUAUUUUUGCAGUAUAUGGCGUACAAUGGAUACAUCACGAUUCAUUGGCAUCGACUGGAAGGACGAUACACACGUUCAUUUGAUGUUGACCGUGACGGACGAGUGACUCAGAAAGACCUUCACUCCAAAUGGAGAAUAUUUAUGAACCUCUUGACACACAAGAUACCCUUCAAGGCCACGUUCUUGACAGGUUUUUAUUUAGGAAUCAGAAUGGGAUAA